GGGAGACCUUCCAGGGGCACAGCAUUCCCAGCCAGCGCACCAGAGGGCUAGUUGUGGGAGAACUUUGAGUCUCCAUCCCCCACGGAAGAAGUGAAGAGGCGACCGAAGGAAAUGGAAGCCAAGUCUCACCCCAGAUUAGACAGCCGCUGGCUUUGUUUGGUGAUGCUCUGGCUGUGUAUGGAACUAGCACAAUCCACUACUGACGGUCAACAGGAGUGGAGACCUUGUUGCUCGUCAACUCUUGCCGGGGUCCCUCCGAAAUCCUGUGGCAAAUGUAGUAGUGGGAAGUGCUGUAAGGACAAGCCAUGCCAUCAAUGCCGGGCAGUGCCAACAUGUCCAGAAGGGCAGGAACUGAGCUGUUCAGGCACUAUUGACUUCAGAUAUUUCUGCAGCCCAUGCCCUAAUGGAACUUUCUCUGAUGCCAAAGGCAGCUGUUGCAGACCUUGGACAAACUGCAAGACGCUGGGGCUUCCAGUUCGACGACCAGGGAACACAACUCAUAACGUGGAAUGUGGCAGCACGAGACCCGUCACCGUAGUUAUGCAAACUGAUUCCACGGUCACGACAAUCCUGACCAUUGUGACAGCAACGGGCCUCUCUCUCCUCAUCCUGCUGACGUUCUUUUUAAUCAUCUGCGUAUGGACACAGAAGAAGAAACUGCCCCUGGUGGAAGAGCCUGAAUCCAUCCACCCUUCAAACUUCCCAGGAUCUCAUCAUGAGGACACCUGCAGUUGCCAGUUCCCAGAGGAAGAGCAUGGGGAGAACAUGGACAAAUGGAAGGCCUCACAGAUCUCUUUGGCCCAUUGAAAGAACUUGGGGCGGAUCCACAAGCCUGUGCAAAACUCACCCCGCAAUAUCUAGGCGGCUGAUCUAUAUGGACGGCAGCUAUUAUUUUUGUUGUAACAUGAUGGGGCUUUGGGUGCCUGAGCUGUUUCCCUCUUAGGUUGGUUCCUUCACUGCUACUAGCUGUCUCUAGUUCAGAUCACCUGCUCCACACUGUGACUAUGAGAGCUUUCCUUUAGUCUUGCCGGCUAGGGAAAUCAGAUUACGAGGAAGGAUCUCCAGGAGAUGGAAAUUCCAACCCUGCUUCCCCUAUUCACCCACCCCCAGUUGCAACUGCUGGAACAAGCCACCCACUUUCCUAGGCAGGGUUUGGAAGAUGGAGAAUGAAGGAGACGUCCUCGUGGGUAGGGCGGUUGACGUCCGAUUUUUAUUUUUAUUUACAAAAACACUGGUCCUAUGAGUACUCCAUGGGUAUGGAGCCAGGGAAGGCGGGGCCAGAGUCUGGCGGAAUCUGGCGUACAUUGCAGGUGGGGUCAGAAUGUGAUUGGGAGGGUUGUGGGCGGAGCCUUGCAGACUCUGACUUCCCAGACUUCCUUCCUGGUUCUCUGAGAGAGGAGGGUCAUCUCCAAUUACAUUUCACUAGGUAAAGGUAAAGGGACCCCUGACCAUUAGGUCCAGUCGUGACCGACUCUGGGGUUGCGCCCUCAUCUCGCAUUAUUGGCCGAGGGAGCCGGUGUACAGCUUCCAGGUCAUGUGGCCAGCAUGACAAAGCCACUUCUGGCAAACCAGAGCAGCACAUGGAAACGCCGUUUACCUUCCCGCUGUAGCGGUUUCUAUUUAUCUACUUGCAUUUUGAGGUGCUUUCGAACUGCUAGGUUGGCAGGAGCUGGGACCAAGCAACGGGAGCUCACCCCGUCACAGGGAUUCGAACCGCCGACCUUCUGAUCAGCAAGCCCUAGGCUCAGUGGUUUAACCACAGUGCCACCUGGGUCCCUCAGUUCACUAGGAGCAGGCUAAUUGAACUGAAUGGACCUGAGCCAGCCUUGCCCAUUUACCUCAAGGGAUCUACUCUGAGCAGGAUUAGCUCAGCCCAGAAUGCUGUUUCACUGGUCAGAUCAGCAAUUGACCGGCCAGUUAGCAACCCUUUCUACGUAUAUUGCUGGGGGGUGGCAAGACAUGGCCUAGGCCAAGGCAAAUGAUUUGCGGUACCCGGAGAGAAUGAUGUGCCCUUCAUGCCUAGGACAGCCUUCCCUUGGUUGGCACCCUCCUGAUGUUGUGGGCAACGUCUCCCAUUGUCCCUACACCCUGCGAGGUGUAGUCUAAAUCAUCUGGAGGCCCCUGGCUUGGAGAUGCCUGCUCUAAGAGCCUCUCCCUGUUUGGUAAGCAAAGGGCAGAGACUCAGCUUAGAAUCUGCAAAAUGGCAAUCUUAACAGGAUUGUUUCCCACCCUCUGGCACAAUGUGUAUCUCCAACUGCAGGCUGCCUGGUGGCUUUUCUGCUUAUCUCACCACCCCCAUAAUGACGUCCCUCCUCAGGGUCUGUUGCGGAGGCCGUUGUCGUGAGCUUUCCUUGUUUCGAGAAACCUGCUUUGGGAAACCUGAAGGCGUUUUCUUUUCUUUUUCUUCUUCUUUUCUUUUACUCCGCUGCUUCUUCCACCGUUUCAAAGGGUGCAAUUCUGAC